UUCUGCUCUGGGCUUUCCAUUUGUCCUAUGGGCUUAAUAAUUAGCCCAUUUAUUCUCAGGCAAAUUAGGCUUUGGGCUUCCAGUUGCAGAAAAAAACGUGUUUUGCACAAGGAAGAAGGGAGAGAACGAGAGCGUACUCAGCACUCAGCAGUUGCAGAAGAUGGCAGACGAUGGGGACUUCGAUAUGGACGGAGGAUACGAGGAUGAGCCGCAAGAGCCUGAGCCCGACGAAGGGGCAGAAGAGGAAGCAGAUAACGAGAACAAUGAGGACACUGCUGAUCCCCUUUUAGCUGAAACUGGCGAAAAAGGAGAGGAUGAACCAAAAGAACGAGCUCGGAAGACAUCAAAAUACAUGACAAAGUAUGAACGUGCAAGAAUUUUGGGUACCCGUGCACUGCAAAUCAGCAUGAAUGCGCCUGUGAUGGUUGAAUUGGAAGGUGAAACUGAUCCACUUGAGAUUGCAAUGAAGGAGCUACGAGAGCGGAAGAUACCUUUCACCAUUCGCCGCUACCUGCCUGAUGGAAGUUAUGAAGAUUGGGGAGUGGAUGAACUAAUUGUCGAGGAUUCGUGGAAGAGGCAAGUUGGAGGUGAUUAGUCCAAAGUAUGGGCUGGUGGUGUUGUGGUUCGUGGACUUUUAUGCCAGUAUUCAUAUUGAUCGGAUCGGAUAUCAUCAGCACAAGAUCGCUAUAGACUACUUGAUACAAAUGAGGUUGAUCCAACGUAAAGAAUAUGGAGUAGUCAUUUUGUGAUAGUUGUAAUUCCGUAAUCAUAUCAAUCAGUAUCCCAUCACAAUUUUCAUUUCA